AUGGCGACGGUGCGCCGCGUUGUGUGGUUGUUGGCCGCCGCUCUGUGCUGCACGGCCUUGUGCGUGACUGGUGGUGUUGCUGCGGAGGGCAGUGCAGGUCUGGUGGAGGCUGCGGCCACCCUCAGGGCGCAGGCGGAUGAGGCGGAGUCGAAGGCGGCCGAUGCAAUGGCUGCGGCUGCGGCUGCGGUGAAGCUUGCUGAUGGCGUGGCGGCUGAGGUGAAGCGGGCAGUCGCGGAUGUCAACACGGCGUCGCAGGAGGCUCAGCGCGCGCAGCGCGAAGCCGACGCCGCCCGUAUGGACGCUGAUGCGAAGAAGAAGCUCGCGGAGGAUGCGCAGAAGACGUACGACGAGCUCGGUGUGGUCGUAAAGGGGGCGGAGGCAAACGUGACCGCAGCGGAGGAGGUGAAGAAAAAUGCUAUAACUGCGUGGUCACAGGCCAUUGACAAAAAGUCCAUCUCUGACGCUGCGCUGCUGAAGGAAUUGACGGAAGAAGGGAACAUAGAAACUUUGUUUACGACAGUUGCUGAAUCUGAGGACCUUGUUGCAACCAAGUUUGCUAAUGUUCUUGAGGCGCUUGCGAAUCUGAACACUGCGAAGGCCUCAGCAGCAGCUGCACAGAAGGCGGAGAAAGAGGCCAAGCAGCUGGCGGAGGCUGCGAAGAAGGAAGCCACGGAGUCGAAGGUGAAGGCUGACAACAAAGCGAAGGAGGCUGCCGAUGCCGUGGAGCGAGCUGAGGCGGCACGGACUGCGGCUGUGCGGGCGGUUACGAAGAUGAGCACGGCGACGGAGGCCGCCCACAGCGCGCAGGAGAAAGCGCAGGAUGCGGUGAGGGAGGCGGCGUCGGCUGCGGCACGUGCUGAGGAGGCAAGGAGACAGAG